UUGCACUACUUCAUGAUGGCAGCUGAAGAUAAAACACUGCUUUGUUUCUGUCACUGGGGCAGGAAGAAUAAGGUGAUGCCAGAUGGAUCCAUUUCGUAUGGGGGAGGUAUUACUGAUCAGGUUAUUGUAAAGACCGGCAUAAAGUACAAUGAUUUUGUGAAUGCAGUUUUUGACCUAUUAGGCAUUGAUCCUUCAGGUAGGAUCUUGCAUUUUACAGUGAAGUUCGAUAGCUCCGACAUAAUACGGCUGAGGGACCAAAAAGGCGUUGAUACCCUGUUACAAUUUAAUGAUGGUUUUGCUCAUGUUUAUGUAUCAAGUUUGGAGGAGGAACUUAAUUCUAGACCGCCAUCAGGUCAUGCGGAAAAAGUUGUACUUGUUGGUUAUUCUGAUUCAGAAGCAGAUACAACUCCGACAGGUGAUGAUGAGAAUGAAUUGGCAAGCCCUCUGAAGAAGGCACGGUUCCAGUCAGCUGGAGGUAGUAAGCUUCUGAAGAAAACAACAGCUAAUCAGUCAGAAGGAGCCAGAGAUGGUAAACCUCAGCAGAAUGAAGCUGUUCGUGGUGAUAAUCAAAAUCAUGCCAGUGUAACCAGGUCAUGCAGUAAAUCCAUGGAAAUAUUAAAUCAAAAUAGAGUGGGCCUUCCUGAAGGUGUGCAAAACAACAGUUCCAAGACUAAGACAGUUAAUGAACAGGCUCCUUUACCGACAUCAGGCUGUGCGAAAAAAGUUAAAGUUGGACUCAUUGUUAAUUCUGAUUCAGGACGAAGUACAAUUCCUGAUGGUAAUCCUCCCAAGGUGUAUGAUUAUCCUGAUCCUGAAUUCCGUGAUUCUGACAAGCAUAAAUCAGAAAUUUACUUUGCAGUUGACCAUAUCUGGGCUUGCCAUGAUGCUGAUUUCAUGCCAAGAUUCUAUGCCUGCAUUAGAAAGGUAUCUAGUCCUGAAUUUAAGAUAAAGCUGAGAUGGCUUGAGGCUCAUCCAGAAGAUGAAAGGGAGCGCGCAUGGGUCAGGGCAGACUUGCCUGUUGGCUGUGGGAAAUUUAGACGUGGGAGCUCCAAAUAUACUUCUGAUCGACUUAUAUUUUCUCAUCAAAGUGUAAAAGACAAGAGAGGUCUGUACAUUGUAUAUCCAAGAAAAGGGGAAACAUGGGCCCUUUUCAAGGAUUGGGCUAUUCGUUGGAGCUCCGAUCCUAAGAGUUAUAGGAAGUACAAGUAUGAAAUAGUGGAAGUUCUUUCUGAUUUUGUUGGGGAUGCUGGAAUCCAAGUUGGUUACUUGGAAAAAGUGACUGGAUUUAUUAGCAUAUUUCAGCAAACAAGGCCGACUCUUGUUGGUGCAUUCUUUGUAAAGCCAAAAGAACUUUACAAGUUUUCUCAUCGAAUCCCCUCCAAAAUGUCUGGAACUGAACGAGAGGAUGUACCCGUGGGAUCGUUUGAACUUGAUCCUGCUUCUUUACCCCUCAAUCCAAAUUAUAUUUGGUGCCCUGGGAAAUUCAUGAUGGAAACUGAAGAUAAAACACUGUUUUGUUUUUGUCAUUGGGGUAAGAAGAAUAAGGUGCUUCCAGAUGGAUCCGCUUCGUAUGUGGGAGGUAUUACCCGACAGGUUAUUGCAAAAACAGGCAUAAAGUACGAGGAUUUUGUGAAUGCAGUUUUUCACCGAUUAUGCAUUGAUCCUUCGGAUAAGAUCUUACAUUUUACUGUUAAGUUUGAUAGGUCCCAAUUGAUACAGCUGAGCGACCAAGAAGAUGUCAAUACUCUCUUGCAAUUCAAUGAUGAUUUUGCACAUGUUUAUGUAUCAAGUUUGGAGAUGGAGCCUCAUUCUACACUCCCGUCAGUUGGCGCGAAAAAAAUAGAACCUGUUGUUUUUGAUCUUGAACUAGAUACUAAUCCUGUACGCAAUGAUGAGAAUGAUUUGGCAAGCCCUCUGAAGAAGGCACAGUCUAACCAGUCAGCUGGAGAUAGUAAUCCUCUGAAAAAAUCAUGGGCUCACCAGUCAAUUAAGGACAGUAAACCUCAGAAGAAAGAAGCUGUGGCCAGUGAACAGGCUUCUAGACUGCCUUCAGGUGGUGCGAAAAAAGUUAAACUUACUAUUGAUUCAGAUUCUGAUUCUGGUUCUGAUUCAGAGUCAGAAUCAGAAUCAGAUACUGUUCCUGAUGGUAAUCUUCCAGAGGUGUAUGAUUAUCCUGACCCUGAAUUUAGUGUUUUUGACAAGCAUAAAGCACAGAAUUGCUUUGCAAUCGAUCAGAUCUGGGCGUGUUAUGAUACGGUUGAUGGUAUGCCAAGAUUCUAUGCCCACAUUAGGAAGGUAUACAGUCCUGAAUUUAAGGUGAUGUUCAGUUGGCUUGAUGCUUAUCCAGAAGAUGAAAGGAGCAGAGCUUGGGUCGGGGCAGAGUUGCCUGUUGGCUGUGGGAAAUUUAGACGUGGAAGUACUGAAUUCACUUCUGAUCGACUUACAUUUUCUCAUCAAGUGCAGUGCGGAAUGGGGAAGAGAGGUCUAUACAUUGUAUAUCCAAGGAAAGGAGAAACGUGGGCCCUUUUCAAAGAUUGGGAUAUGAGUUGGAGCUCUGAUCCAGAUAAUCAUAGGAAGUACAAGUAUGAAAUUGUGGAGAUAGUUUCUGAUUAUGUUGUGGAUGUUGGUGUUCUUGUUGCUUAUUUAGAUAAAGUUUCCAGAUUUGUUAGCCUUUUCCAGCGAAUGAGGCCGACUGAAGUUGGUACAUUCUUUGUAAAGCCAAAUGAACUUUACAAGUUCUCUCAUCAAAUUCCUUCUUUUAAAAUGACUGGAACUGAACGAGAGGGUGUACCUGCGGGAUCCUUUGAACUUGAUCCUGCUUCUUUACCCCUCAGUCCUGAUGAUAUUUGGUACCCUGGAAAAGUUAUGGAAGACAGCAGGGCGGUUAAUUCUGAACCUGUAGAAAAUGAUUUACCUGCAGUUCCACUUAGAGCUAGAGAUAAAUCAAGGAAAGCAACAUCAGUGAAGUCUGGGGAUGACAUCCAUGCUACUGAUGGAGAGUCUUCUAAGGUUCAAAUAACUCCUAAAAAAAUGAACACCUCUGAGAAAAAGCGAACUCAAAUGAGCUCUUGUUCUGCCAAUGACGGUCCUUCCACUGACUUUGAUGAUAAUUGUGUUAAAAAAAGCCGUCACUCAAGUCCCCGCAUGCCAAUUCAUUUGUCAUGUCAAGCUGAUAGAGAUUUGCAUUCACGCACGAAGAGCUUUGGUCUCAGCAACUCCGUUGGAAGUUCCAAACAAAUAUCAACUUUUUCGGUUGAUAAAGGUUUUGAAGAAACUUUUUGUGAUUUUGAGAUGGAAAGAUCUACAGGGAAGUUUCAAGUAAAUCAGGUAUGGGCUAUUUAUGGUCAAAAUAGUACAUUGCCAAAUACUUAUGCACUGGUUAAGAAGAUAGUUCCUGCGCCAUUCAAAUUGCAUGUAGUCCUGCUUGAAUCAUGUGCAGGGCCUAAAAAUGCUGCUCAGUCAGUUUGUGGAACGUUCAAAGUCCAGAAUGAAAAACAUCAAGCCUAUGAUCCUAGCUCAUUCUCCCAUGUGGUGAAAGCAAUCUCUACUAAGAACAGGUUUGAAAUCUAUCCAAGAGAAGGAGAGAUUUGGGCACUGUACAAGAGCUUGAAAAAAACAGGUUUGGAUCCAGACAAGUUUGAGUACGAUAUAGUGGAGGUCAUUGAGUAUUCAAAAGAGUGGAUAAAAGUUUCAUCCCUGGUUCGUGUGGAUGGUUUAAAGUCUGUCUUUAAACAGCAAACAUCGAAUUCUGUUACUUUGGAAAUACAAAAAGAUGAGUUCUGGAGAUUCUCUCAUCAGAUACCUGCAUUUCAGCUGACUGGAGAAAAAGGAGGGGUUUUGAGAGGCUGCUGGGAGCUUGAUCCUGCUGCAGUACCGUGUUCUCUGUUAAGUGAUGCACCAGUUAGUGUGUGAUGGGAUCAGUUAUCCUGGAUUAACACACUGAUGGCCUUUUGUUCUUAUAAGUUUCUUGCUAGAUGAUUACAAGACCGGAAUGUAGCUAUAGGGAGGGAAACAAGGUAGCACUCAUGAUUCUGUAGUUUUUGGAAGUUGUAUAUUAUGGUGCCCUGCUCAUCCCCCUCCCCCUUUUGUAAUGGGUUUAUACACCUAACAAAGGACUAAAUACGGUAGGUAGUCACCACGUUAUUGUAAAGAUUAAUUAUGUACAAGCAGAAGGGGAAAAAAAUAGAGAUUAUGUAGGCAUGAUAAAUUCCCCCUUCUGCUUUACUCCAGUGAAAGGUGUUUUUAACCAGAACUCACCGGUAGUGAGUUGGUGACGCCAUAGUCUAGAAAAGCUGGCCUCCGCGAUCGUUCAACUUGAUUUGGAAAUGAAUGACUUCGUGACUUGGGUGAAAUUGAAGGUUGAUAUCAUACAAGUUCAUUGACUGCAUAACGCCACCUUCACAAGACCCCUCUCAUUGGGGAUCUCACUGUGUAUGUUGUUAAUUACAGUCGAGAUUGUGAAACCAUUGUAAGUUUUUUAAAAUGAAGGGUUGGAAGAGACAACUUGAGCACAGUU